AUGACAAGAAUGUUCGAACUACAGCUAGGCAAGAACAUCGAAAUCUACGUCGAUGACAUGGUGGUGAAGAGUAGAGUGGUGUUCGAGCAUUUAGGGGACCUCGACAGUACCUUUAGCGUCUUGAGGAAACAUAAGCUGCGCCUAAAUGCUUCCAAGUGCUCAUUUGGCGUGGGUUCAGGCAAGUUUUUAGGCUACAUGGUUACCCAUAGGGGAAUCGAGGUUAACCCCAACCAGAUCAAGGCCAUAAACGACCUGAAACCGCCACAAAACGCAAAGGAGGUCCAAAAGCUUAUUGGGAUGAUCGCAGCCCUCAAUCGAUUCAUUUCCAGGUCGGCGGAUAGAUGUAGGCCGCUCUAUCUCUUGAUCAACAAGUGGAAGGGGUUUGAGUGGUCCGAGGACUGCGUGGUGGCCUUCCAGCAACUCAAGGAUUACCUAUCCCGGCCACUUAUUAUGUCCAGUCUAGAGGCUGAUGAAGUUCUGUACGCAUACAUUGCUGUAGCCCCCUAUGCUGUGAGCUUGGUGCUAAUAUGGAAGGACAACAGCAUCCAAAAGCCGGUCUAUUACAUGAGUAAGUCGCUGCAUGAAGCCGAGGUCAGAUACCUACCCCUGGAGAAAGCCAUACUGGCUGUGGUCCACGCUACGCGAAAGCUUCCCCAUUAUUUUCAAGCCCACACAGUGGUUGUUCUAACACAACUACCCUUGAAGUCUGUACUACGAACUGCUGACUACACUGGAAGGAUUGCCAUAUGGAGCACAAUUCUGGGAGCUUUUGACAUCAAAUACAUGCCUCGGACCUCUAUUAAGGGUCAGGUCCUAGCUGACUUAGUAGCCGAAUUUGCUGAACCCCCAGUAGAAAUAGUGGCAGAGGAGCAGAACAUGGAUGAAAAAUCGGUUGGAGUGAUCUCUACACCAGGACCCCCAUGUUGGAAGGUGUACGUUGAUGGCACAGCAAAUCAAAGGGGACCUGGAGUGGGGCUAGUCCUAAUAUCUCCCAAGGAAGCCAUCAUAGAGAAGUCCCUCAGACUUAGGUUCUCAGCCACGAACAACGAAACCAAGUAUGAGGCCCUGCUACAAGGAAUUGUCAUGGUACAGAAAAUGGGGGGAAAGGCAGUGGAGAUGUUCUCGGACUCGAGACUGGUAGUGGGCCAGGUAAAGGGAGAAUUAGAGGCCAGAGAUGCAAGGAUGCAAGAGUACUUAAGCCGGGUCAAACGCUUACGGCCGGGCUUCGACUUUUUCAGCUUGUCACACGUCCCCAGAAGCGGAAACACUCAUGCAGAUUCGCUGGCCACGCUUGCCACCUCCUCGGCAGGAGAUCUGCCUCGAAUUAUUCUCGUCGAGCACCUGGAUAGAGCGAAUGAAGUAGUCAAAGGCAUGGUCCAUGUUCAUGAAGUCAGAGUGGGCCCUAGCUGGAUGGACCCUAUCAUGAGGUUCCUCAAAGAUGACAUCUUGCUUGAGGAAAAGUCGGAGGCGGAGAAAAUACGAAGAAAAACUCCUCGGUUCUGGUUGUCCGAGGACCACAAAUUGUACACACGCUCAUAUUCUGAGCCAUAUUUACUGUGUGUCCACCCUGAGGUAUUAGAACUGCUGCUUGAAGAACUGCACGAAGGGAUCUGUGGGAGUCACAUAGGAGGAAGUUCUCUGUCGCACCGAGCCAUUACCCAGGGAUAUUGGUGGCCGAGGAUGCAGAAGGAAGCCCUGGAGUAUGUUAAAAAGUGCGACUAG